AUGGAGGAUGAAAUCGAAGAGGUGGAGACUCGCCCGCCGAGUGCGCGCCGUAACUUGACGCUAAGGAACAGUGCGGCUAGGCAGGUCGCCGUCAACUUCAUGCCGUCACGACAACUGCCCUACAACACAUUAAGACUGCGGCGUAAUAACUCCGAGCACAAUGCGUUACUGGAAGAGAUCGACUCUGCGGAGAUGGACCCUCCUGAUGCCGCUGACAAGCAGGCAGACAUUAUCGUCCGGGAGAUGGAACAGCAUAAACGGCUCAUGGAGGACGACCCUGGUGCUGAGGAGUUGAGGAGAGAGGCCCUGAGAGAUCUCCCUCAGGGGCUGACGAUGAAGAGGAACGUCCGUGCCAAGCUCUCUGCUUCAGUCAGUCUCCGAUCGAAGCGGCGUCCCAUCUCCAUGUGGAAACGGAUGAAGUAUCGAAUUAGUUUUAUGUGGAAAAGAAUCCGCGAUCGCUGCCGUGACGUAGUAUUUUCCUUCGAGUUCUGGUACGAACCUAUCCGUCAGAUCGAAGGUCACUUCGGUUCAGCAGUGGGCUCCUACUUCUACUUCCUGCGUUGGCUGUUCGCGCUGAAUCUGUUGCUCUCCAUCCUCAUCACCGCAUUCGUCAUCAUUCCUCAAGCACUCCAUGAUGUGGAAACUUCUAAUAGUACUAAGUUAUCGUUCAUGGAUUUUAUUACUGGAAUGGGCGGUCUAUCAGACUCCCUCCUGUACUACGGACACUAUCACGCAGGUGACGUACGCGCGCAGUCCUCACUGACGUACAACAUGCCGUACGCAUACUUCUUCACCAUGGUCUGUCUGUAUCUCUUGUUCUUCGGUAUACUCUGUUACAGGACAGCGUACUCAUAUCGGCUGAAUUUCAUAGAGACGUCAGGCGGCCUGAGCCAUGUGUUCGCUAACAAAGUGUUCUGUGGCUGGGACUUCGGGGUCGUCACGCCGGAGGCCGCCAAACUUAACGCCAACAGUCUUUACAAUGAGUUUAAGGAGCUACUAAACGAGCAGAAUAGAAAGAAGGCGUCAACGUGGUGGUUGGUGAGGGUGGGCCAGUACGCGUGCAACGUGUGCGUGUGGGCGCUGAGCGUGGCGCUGGUGUGCGCGGUGGCGGCGGGGGGCUGGGCGCUGCUGGCGGCGCGCGGCCCGCUGCCGGGCUGGGCGCUGCUGGCGCGCGACCCGCUGCCGCACUGGCCGCUACUGCUGUCUGUCGCGCUCACCGCCGCGCUCACUCUGUGCCCACUCAUGUUCCACGUGGUCGUCAAGUUAGAGUUCUACAACCCCCGUACAGCACUAUACGUGACAUUGGCUCGAACCUGGCUGCUUGACAUCGGUAUACUCAUGGUACUGCUAGUCUACUGGUCACAGACACAUGCGGAUCAGUGUUGGGAAACUUCGUUCGGUCAGGAGGCGUACCGGCUGAUGUUGCUAGACUCCAUCAUAUCUUUGCUUGUGUUGCCACUCUUUGAGUUCACUAGAGGCUUAAUUUAUAAAUGGAGUAACAAAGGCAGUCCUCCGGAGUUCAACCUGGCGUACAACUCGCUGACGCUGCUGUACAACCAGGGCGUGGUGUGGCUGGGCGCGGUGUUCGCGCCGGCGCUGGCGGCCGCGCUCGCCGCCAAGUUGCUGCUGCUGUUCUACGUCAAGCGGGAGGUCGCGCGCCGCGCCUGUCGCCCCGCCAGGAAGGUUUGGCGUGCUGCACAGACACAGACGGUGCUAUACAUGUUCGUGACCCUGUCUCUGUUCACCACGAUAUUCGGAAUCGCCACGUUUUUCCUACGGACAUCCUCGACGUCGUGCGGUCCGUUCACUGGCUACUCCUACGUGUACCAGAUCCUGACAGAGGACAUCCUCCAGCUGGGCGCGCGGCCCGGGCUGGCGGCCGCGCUCUACUUCAUGGUGCGACCUGGAGUUAUCGGGUUCCUUAUGCUGUUCCUGUGUGUCUGCGUGUACUACGUGCGAGCGCGGGCGCGGGCGCAGCGCGCCACCGUGCGCCUGCUGCGGCACCUGCUGCUGCUGCAGGCGCGCGACAAGGACUUCCUGCUCACUGCCAUACACAACGUCUCCAACGGGGAAUGGCUGUACAGUCCAAAACCAACGGACGAGGGUCCAGAUAGUCACACAUGGAAAUACCUCAGAGAAGUGCGAAAACCUUCGAACUCAGGGUUUAAUUUCGAUGCUUCCAGACUCAGCCACUCCUUGAUCGAAGGUAGACCUCGGUCCUUUGCCAAAGAAAAUAGGGCUUCGCAAUAUAAUGAGAAGAAAUCUGAAGACGGUGAUACGGACAGUUCGUUCAGUUGGCAAGGGUCCAAUAAUUACUUGAAUAAGACUGAAGGGGAUAGGCAGUGGCCUUAA